UGCACGCGCGCCGCCACGUGACGCUGUGCGGCCAACCGGCGCGCCAGGAUUUGGGGAUAAAGCGCGGCCCCGCGACAGUUGCGGCGGGAGAGCGGCGGGGCAGAGAGCGUGACUCGCCUGCUCCAGUGCCACUGGUUCUCGCUGUGCUUCCCGCCGCCGCCGCCGCCGCGCAACCAUGUCGGAAGAGAAGCCCAAGGAGGGAGUGAAGACAGAGAAUGACCACAUCAACCUGAAAGUGGCGGGACAGGAUGGCUCAGUGGUGCAGUUCAAGAUCAAGAGGCACACACCACUGAGCAAGCUGAUGAAGGCCUACUGCGAGAGGCAGGGCUUAUCAAUGAGGCAGAUUCGAUUCCGGUUUGAUGGACAACCAAUCAAUGAAACAGACACGCCAGCCCAGCUGGAGAUGGAGGAUGAGGACACCAUUGACGUAUUCCAGCAGCAGACAGGAGGAACAGCUUCCCGAGGGACCGUCCCCACACCCGAUCAUUGUCUUGACAUCUGCUAUUGAAUGGUGACCAUGCAGCCACACCAAUCACAGAAGCGUCAGCAGAAGCCAGAGUCCCUGACUGGUUCUCCUUUUCUGAUGUGCUUGGAGCGGACUACAGACAUGAUGCAGGGAUGAAAGUGUUGUGUAGCGCAUUGCCUUUAGUGGAAACGAGAGCAAGGUUUUGGGAUUUGUUUAUGUUUUCAUUUCUGCUUCCUCCCAUCCCUAAAAUAUUUUUCCCCAAAACUUGGAGCUGGGUGUGGACUCAGCCUGCCACCUGACUCUGACCCCCAGAACUGUGGUUGCUUUUAGAGUGAUUUGCCCUGGUCAAGGAGAGAGCUGGUGGUCCCGUUUCCCAUGGGCUUGCCUAUGGGAUGUUGAGAUGGGAGAGAGGGACAGAAUUGUUGUAGGUAUAGAAUAUUAAAACAUUGAAAUACUAUCAGCUUGAGCUUUGUCAAAUGGUAAAGUUAAAGGGAAAAGACCAUUGGAAGGAGUCCUUAUGUACUGUGACCCAACUUCUCCUGACAUGCCCCCUUUCUACUUGGCAUCUGGUAAUGGGUACAUGGGCAGGGUUGGUAAGGUGGGACCCACUCUCUUUCCUUGUUAUAAUAUAGAAGAAAGUAACUGCCAUGUCUCAUUUGGAAAUUGAAUGUGGCCUCAGAUUAUUUUCUAGUCUUGGUUCCAAUGCAUAAUUAUGGUUUCUGUGUAAGAAGGUAAUUGGUUAAGUAUCAAGCUUACAGUGAUGCUGUGUAAGACCUGCUUUAAAGUGUGGUUGCCAAAGAAAGCCCGGGAGAGGUGACCUCAUUCUCAUGGAUUAUGCUCUGCGGCUUUCCAGAUGUGUAUUCAAAUGAUGCAUCAGUGGGUGACUUCAGUCCUGCAUUGUGGGGUCUAUACCGGUUAGAUGUGGAUCGUCCUGCCUGUCAUCCUUGUGUAAGGGUCCAUUGCUGCUUGAUGGCCAUCUCUGCCUUUCAUAGUCACCUGACACUGACCUACCAUCUCUCGCUUGCUUAAAAUCCCGAGGAAAAUGUUGUUGUUUCCUGUUUCGCUGCGUGGGCUUGGGUGGGAUGUCUGUUGGCUCUGUUGUGUUUAUCCAGUUUGUACAUUAUUUGUUGUCCUUUACUACUGUAAACAGUAAAUAUAGUUUGGUAUUCUGUCUCUUGGUUUACCUUAAACACUGUAUUUGGAGACUGCGUACGUAUGUCACAGCUCACUAUUGACAGUUUGUCCAGUGAGGCCCUUCAGACACAGAGAACCCAGGUGACUUUGGGGGUUGAACAGCCCUUUCACAGGGGUUGCAUAUCAGAUAUCCUGCAUAUCAGAUAUUCAUGAUUCAUAACAGUAGCAAUGUUAUAGUAAAUGAAGUAGCAACGAAAGUAAUUUUAUGGUCAGGGUCACUACAACAUGAGGAAUUGUAUUAAAGGGUUGCAGUGUUAGGAAAGUUGAGAACCACUGGGUUAGAGUAAGGUUUUUGUUUUCCUGAUUUUUUUGAGACAGGAUUUUUCUGUGUUAACAGCUCUGGCUGUCUUGAAACUCACUUUGUAGACAAGGCUGGCCUUGAACUCACAGAGGUCCACCUGUGCCUCCAGAGUGGAGUAAGGUGUUUUUAAAGACCAAAACUACAACCAGGGGCUGGAGAGAUUGCUCAGUGGUUAAGAGCAUUGCCUGCUCUUCCAAAGGUCCUGAGUUCAAUUCCCAGCAACCACAUGGUGGCUCACAACCAUCUGUAACGAGGUCUGUGCCCUCUUCUGGUCUACAAACACACACAGACAGAAUAUUGUAUACAUAAUAAAUAAAUAUUAAAAAAAACCCAAAAAACAAAAACUACAUCUAGGUAUCUCAGUCAGCGGCAACAGAGGAAAGCUCUGUGUGAGUAAGCAGUUCAAAAGCAGGUAGCUGGAGGAGGUUCUGCACACGCUCUAACUGAAGCUAAGGUAGCUGGAGGAGGUUCUGCACACGCUCUAACAAAGCUAAGGUAGCUGGAGGAGGUUCUGCACAGCUCUAAUGAAGCUAAGGUAGCUGGAGGAGGAGGAGGUUCUGCACAGCUCUAAUGAAGCUAAGGUAGCUGGAGGAGGAGGAGGUUCUGCACACGCUCUAACAAAGCUAAGGUAGCUGGGGCAUCUUGAGUAAUUGUCCACAAGGCUCCCUAUCAAGGAGAUCAGAUUCUAUUUCAACCUGAACCAGCUUCAGCAUAAUACAAGAUGGAGGAAACCGCACCGCCUUGUCCUGUCACUGGGUGCGACAUGAAUAGUUGCCAGCUGAGUUUCUGAUACGGUCCU